CGGCGCGCUCCCGCUGGGGGAGCGGAGUCUCGGAGGCGGCGCUGCAGUGGACAGAGGGACGGACGGACGCAGCCUAGGGUGUCCCAGCUUUCGCUCUAGCGCCAGCGCGGAGGACGCAAUGUCUGGGCUCUCUCGCCCGCUGCUUCUGGCCGUCGGCUGCCUGGCCGCGCUCUGCGUAAUCACCGCGGCUGGGAACACCACCCUGGCCCCGAACGUGACUACACCCUCGUCUCCACCGCCCACCACCACGACAGUCCCGGUGUCACCGACGACUCUCACGCCGCCGCCGGUCACCACUCCAGCACCAGAUAUCUGUGGAAGCCGAAACAGUUGUAUUUCCUGUUUUGAUGGUAAUGCUACCUGCUUUUGGAUAGAAUGUAAAGGUAAAAGCUACUGUUCAGAUAAUUCAACAGUUAGUGAUUGCAAGGUGGUGAACACCACAGGAUUCUGUUCUGCGCCCACUGCCACACCAACGCCAACCAAUUCUACAGCUAAAACCACAACUCUGCCUUCCACUACUACAGCUUCCACCACAGCUACUACAUCAGGUACAACUAAUACCACUUUAACUCCAACUACACAGCCUAUGCGGAAGUCUACCUUUGAUGCAGCCAGUUUCAUUGGAGGAAUUGUCCUUGUCUUGGGUGUGCAGGCUGUAAUUUUCUUUCUCUAUAAAUUCUGCAAAUCUAAAGAACGAAACUACCACACUCUGUAAAGAGACCCACUAAGUUAACAAGGACUGGCGUGUAACUCACUGAAACCAAAAUAUUAUCUUUCAAGAUGUCCCACAUGGAAGACGCUAUUCUAGGAUCUUUAAUUUUUC